AUGUUCCUGAAGAAUUACCUGGACAUGUUCACGAAAGAUGCGCCACUGGAGGGAGAUGCUGGCCCUUCAGGUACUUACUUUCUGCCCUCGGAAGCCCUGGGGAGCAGCAGUCUGAGCCAAGAGACCCCCAAAGAGAGAGUGACCACGGCCCCUCUGAAUCCAGCGCAGUCAGGGGACGAGCUUCGCAAGCCAGAGUUGGAAGGGAUGGUCCCCUCCGCACCUGAGGACUCCGCGGCCACGUCCGUGCUGCUUCCGCUUCCGGAGGAACCCGGCACCAGGCAUGCCUUACCCCCCACGAAGAAGCCGCCUUCGCUCAAGCAGGUGAACUUGACCAGGAAGCAGCUGAGGCCGAAGGCCACCACCGCAGCAGCCGUGCAGAGGGUGGCGUCCCAGCCAGCAUCCUCGGGCCUGGGUCUCCUCUCCUCUGCCACGGAGAAGCCCCGCCCACCUGGGGACCAGGACCCCGUGGCCUCCGCAGGGGAGGAGACCCACCCACUGUCGCUGUCCUCGGAGGAGCCCCUCUGGCUGGAGCGGAAGGAAGGUGCAGUCCCCACGACGCCCGCGCCCCUGCAGAUCGCCCCCUUCACCUCGCAGCCGCCGGUGGCCCACACGCUCCCCCAGAGCCCUGACCCCGGGGCGCCCGCCGUGCCUGAGGAGGCCCACGAGGCUCCCCCAGGGGAUGCCAGCCCCAUGAGCCUGAUGGACAAGUGUGAGAACGAGCUGACCGGGUCAGCCUCGGAGGAAAGCCAGGAGACCACGACGUCCACCAUCAUUACCACCACGGUCAUCACCACCGAGCAGGCCCCAGCUCUCUGCAGUGUGAGUUUCUCCGAUCCUGAAGGGUACAUCGACUCCAGUGAUUACCCACCGCUGCCCCUCAGCAACUUCCUGGAGUGCACGUACAACGUGACAGUCUACACUGGCUAUGGGGUGGAGCUCCAGGUGAAGAGUGUGAACCUGUCCGAGGGGGAGCUGCUUUCCAUCCGUGGGGUGGACGGCCCCUCCCUAACCAUUCUGGCCAACCACACCCUCCUGGUAGAGGGGCAGGUGAUCCGAAGCCCCACCAACACCAUCUCCGUCUACUUCCGGACCUUCCAGGAUGAUGGCCUUGGGACCUUCCAGCUGCACUACCAGGCCUUCAUGCUGAGCUGCAGUUUUCCCCGCCGGCCCGACUACGGGGACGUCGUGGUGAUGGACCUGCACUCAGGUGGGGUGGCCCACUUCCACUGCCGCCUGGGUUACGAGCUCCAGGGUGCCACGACACUGACGUGCAUCAAUGCCUCCAAGCCCCACUGGAGCAGCCGGGAACCCAUCUGCUCAGCCCCUUGUGGAGGGGCUGUGCACAACGCCACCAUCGGCCGCGUCCUGUCCCCAAGUCACUCUGGAAGUACCAAUGGGAGCCAGUUCUGUAUGUGGACAAUUGAAGCUCCAGAGGGCCAGAAGCUGCAUCUGCACUUUGAGAGGCUGUCACUGCACGAGAAGGACAGGAUGAUGGUCUACAGUGGGCUGACCAACAAGUCCACCCUUCUCUACGACUCCCUCCAAACCGAGAAUGUCCCCUUUGAGGGCCUGCUGAGUGACGGCCACACCAUCUGCAUCGAAUUCACAUCUGACCAGGGGCGGGUGGCCUCAGCCUUCAACAUCCGGUUCGAGGCCUUUGAGAAAGGCCACUGCUAUGAGCCCUACAUUCAGAACGGGAACUUCACCACGUCCGACCCGACCUAUAACAUCGGGACCAUAGUGGAGUUUACCUGCGACCCCGGCCACUCUCUGGAGCAGGGCCCAGCCAUCAUUGAGUGCAUCAACGUGCGGGACCCAUACUGGAACGACACAGAGCCCCUGUGCAGAGCCAUGUGUGGUGGGGAGCUCUCUGCCGUGGCCGGGGUGGUGCUGUCCCCAAACUGGCCAGAGCCCUACGUGGAAGGUGAAGAUUGUGUCUGGAAGAUCCACGUAGGGGAGGAGAAACGGAUCUUCUUAGAUAUCCAGUUCCUGAACCUAAGCAACAGUGACAUCCUGACCAUCUACGACGGUGAUGAGGUCAUGCCCCACAUCUUGGGGCAGUACCUUGGAAACAGCGGACCCCAGAAGCUGUACUCGUCCACGCCAGACCUAACCAUCCAGUUCCACUCGGACCCUGCCGGGCUCAUCUUUGGGAAGGGCCAGGGAUUCAUCAUGAACUACAUAGAGGUGUCAAGGAACGACUCCUGCUCAGAUUUGCCUGAGAUCCAGAAUGGUUGGAAAACCACUUCUCAUACAGAGCUCGUGAGGGGAGCCAGAAUCACCUACCAGUGUGACCCCGGCUAUGACAUCGUGGGGAGCGACACCCUCACCUGCCAGUGGGACCUCAGCUGGAGCAGCGAUCCCCCAUUUUGUGAGAAAAUUAUGUACUGCACCGAUCCCGGGGAAGUAGACCACUCGACCCGCUUGAUUUCGGACCCCGUGCUGCUGGUGGGCACCACCAUCCAGUACACCUGCAACACGGGCUUCGUGCUGGAAGGGAGCUCCCUCCUGACCUGCUACAGCCGUGAAACCGGCACGCCCAUCUGGACCUCUCGCCUGCCCCACUGUGUUUCGGAGGAGUCCCUGGCAUGUGACAACCCAGGGUUACCUGAAAAUGGGUACCAAAUCCUGUACAAACGACUCUACCUGCCAGGAGAGUCCCUCACCUUCAUGUGCUAUGAGGGCUUCGAGCUCAUGGGCGAAGUGACCAUUCGAUGCAUCCUGGGACAGCCAUCCCACUGGAAUGGGCCACUGCCCGUCUGUAAAGUUAAUCAAGACAGCUUUGAACAUGCUUUAGAAGUAGCAGAAGCGGCAGCCGAGACGUCUUUGGAAGGGGGAAACGUGGCACUGGCUAUCUUCGUUCCAGUCCUUAUCAUCUCCUUACUGCUGGGAGGAGCCUACAUUUACAUCACCAGAUGCCGCUAUUACUCCAACCUCCGCCUGCCCCUGAUGUACUCCCACCCCUACAGCCAGAUCACCGUGGAAACCGAGUUCGACAACCCCAUUUAUGAGACAGGGGAAACCAGAGAGUAUGAAGUUUCCAUCUAG